GACUCUUCUCCUUCUGCGAAGCUUAGGAGGGGUUUGCGCCUCUCGGUUCCUGCAAGUGUGAGGAAGACAGGUCGCCUUUGGGAGGUGGGGGUUGGAGGAUGUGUAAGCCAGCCACAAUUUUGCGAAUUUCUCUAGAAAAUAGAAAUCCUUUUAAUGAACAAGAUGUUCUGCUAAGAUCUUUUGCGUCACUGAACUGAAGCACUUUCGGAGUUUACUUUGUUGAACUAAUUAGGGAUCUGGAUGCUGUUUUGAACUAAGUGGCCCAGUAGCUUCAGGAUUUCUCCCUCCAUGUAACCCGUGACACCUUCUGUUUCAGUUCAAGAUGCCUUUUGAAACACAGGCAUUGUCUCAGGAUGAACUUCGCAAGAGGUUGUACCAGACAUUUAAGAAUCGGGGUAUUUUGGAUACACUCAAGACUCAACUUCGAAACCAGCUUAUACAUGAGUUGAUGCAUCCUGUUUUGAGUGGAGAACUGCAGCCACAGUCCAUUCCUGUUGAAGGAAGCUCAUUAUUAGUUGGGGCUUCUAAUAGCCUUGUGGCUGAUCAUCUUCGAAGGUGUGGCUAUGAAUAUUCACUCUCUGUUUUCUUUCCUGAAAGUGGUUUAGAAAAAGAAAAGGUAUUUACUAUGCAAGAUCUACUUCAACUGAUUAAAAUCAGCCCCAAAUCCAGACUCUACAAGUCAUUGACUUCAAGGAUUCAAAAAGAGAACCAAAAAGGUUUUCUCAUGCAGAUUUUGAAGGAAUUGACAGAAUAUCAUCUAUCCAGGGAAAGUUGCAAUAUGGAGACUCAAACAAGUUCAGCAUUAUUACCUACUAGAGAAUCUCUUGUUCCUAAGAUUGAAGCAAAAGAAAUUUAUAUCCAGAGGCAGGAUUUGCUGAAAGACAUUGAAAUGGUAAGAAGUAGAGAAGCUGAACUAAAGCAAAGAAUGGAAGCUUUCGAAUUAGCCCAGAAGCUACAAGAAGAAAAAUAUAAAACCCAGGAAGAAUCCUUGAGAAGAAGGGAGCUGAAUGUGGGGAACAUGGAGGAGGCAUAUGAACAAAGGCUCAAGAAUGAACUUCUAAAAUAUCAGCUUGAAUUAAAGGAAGAAUACAUAACCAGAUCUAAUAGAGUGCUUGAAGAAGAACAAAAGAACAAAGAGAAAGCUAUGCGUUUGCAAGAAGAAGCCAAUGCUAUUAAUUCAAGAAGGGAAGAACUCAGGGAAGCUAUAUCUCAUGGCAAAAAUCUUGAGCUUGAAUUGGAUUCUCUCAAAGAACAAAUUUUAUUAGUAACAAAACAAAACCAGUCACUGAGUGAAAAAAUUAAAGAUACUACUGAUUAUUUACUUUUAAAAGAAGAUCGACUGGAGCUUCAGGCACAAAAUAAAUUGCUUAAACAACAAAUGGAAGAAAUUCGAAGUGAAAACAUGCACCUCCAAAGAAAAUCUACUCAGCCAUCACCUGAGUUCAUAGCCUUACAGAAAGAAUCAAAGAUGACAGAAAAUGCAAGAAAGCUUGAACAAAAGGCAUUUGAGACUGAGAAACAAUCCCUAGAAAAACGACUCCAAGAUGAGGUUGAACGUUGUUCAUUACUGAAGAACCAGAUAUUAGAUUAUGAAGUUUCUACAAGGAGGUUAAAUAUGCAGAUCGAUGACUUGAAAUUGCAACUUAGACAAACCCAGACAGCUUUAGAAAAUGAAGUAUACCGAAAUUCAAAGCCAUCGUUGGUUGAUCACUCAGGCAUUAAUUUCACAAGUGACAAGGUUGUACCUCAUGAUAAUUAUAUAGAUAAUUUCUUGAAGAAUCGACUCUUUUCUGAUGAUAUUGUCCAGUCUGAAGAUAUUCCAAGGAACAGGUAUUACCAGCAUCCCAGAAUUGAGAGUGAUUCCACAGAUACUGACCUUGAAUUUGUAGCUAAUACUAAAGCAAGGGUAAAAGAACUAGAGAAAGAGGCAGAACACUUAGAAGAAGCCUACAGGAAUUACCAGCAACGAGUUUCUCAAGCCACAAUGAAAAGCAUUUCACCAGCAAGGAGUCAGUCUCCUUUAUUUAUACCAGAAAUUUUAAGUAGUAGCAUUCUUGAAAAAAAUAUGUUUGCAGAGAACAAAUUUGUUUCUGAGCAGCUUCCACUCAGCAGUUCAAAAGAUGAAAGGGGUGAUGGGAUUACUGAUUACCAAACUCCACAGCAAAGGAAAACUCCUUCCCCCAGACAUCUUUCCUCUACUCCACGUCCAAAAGCAAGGAGAAGCCUUAGUAGCCAGAUCUAUUUAGGAGGUAACAAUGGUUCAUUUGUUGGGUCUCCCUGUCCACCUGCUGACAAAAUUCCAUCACCAAUUCCAAAGACAAGUCAACCUCUUUCUGCUCCCAAUAUCUCAGUUACUUGCUUACCAGGCAAUCAUGAACAGAAUUCAAGUAAUUCUGAGAAGCACACGGAUCAAGAUAUAAGUGGAUUUUCAGAUUCGGAGAAAUUAGGCAUUGAAGAUGUUCAAAAUCAGUCUUCUUUAGAAUAUGGUGGGAACAUUCCAAAGCAACUUGAAAAAGAUGUGCUAUAUCAAGCGGGAGAUAAGGUUCCCACUAACAAUGUCAUAAACAAUGAGCCAACAAUAACUACUUUUCAUCAAGGCCCAAAUUUAGAAGAACAGAACACAGAAGAAAAAUGGGAAGAGGAACGGAAAGAGAGAGAAGAAAAGCGACAGAGAGAAAGAUUGGAAAUUUUUGAAAGAGAACAAAAAGAACUACAAAGACUGAAUGAAGAAAUGAUAUUACUUGAAGAAUCAUUAAAAAGUGAAGUAGAAAAAGAUGCUAAAGGGUUAGAAAUCAUCGAAAAAGAAUUGGAAAACAAAGAAAUUGUCAACCCUUUAGAAAAAUAUAUGAAAAUUAUCCAGCAGAAUAAAGAACAGGAAUCAGUUAAGAGCUCAAAAAAAGAAGUUUUGGAAGAAGCAUCUAUAGAAGAAACACUGUUAUCUAAUGAUAAAGCUGAGAGUUUGUCAGCUUCUGAAGAACCAGAUGACUUCUGGUGAGAUGUUUGCUUCCUGGGCUCAUACUUAGAGCAGUGUCAUGUAUCAAGUAUAGGCCCAGGUUUUCAUUGUUGAAAGCCGGAAUAUUUAAUAAAGAUUUUACAUA